GACAGACCAGUUUAACUUGGGAUACCAGUCACAUCAAGCCCAACCAACAUACCAAUUCGGUAUAUUGAGGUGGCGAGGGCGCUGGCUGUGCAGCUUGGGAUGGUGGUGAGGUAUAUGCACGAGCGGGGAUUUGUGCAUGGGGAUCUUCAUCGGGGGAAUAUUCUCCUCCGCCUACAAUCCCAAUUCAAUUUCGAUAAGUUAUCUACGAAGGAGCCAUACGAGUUGUAUGGAGAGCCAGACCUUGAGCCUGUCAAUCGAUAUGACGGCCAGCCGCCUCCGGCAGGCGUCCCCAAGCACGGCGUCGUGCCCAUCUGGCUCGGGGCAUCAAGCGAAAAAGUGACACUCCUAGAAGCAAGCAUCGUUCUUACGGAUUUCGGCGAGACGUUCUGUCAAGCGCGGGAGAAGAGAUUCGGCUCCCGUACGCCCCUUCCCAUAAGACCCCCUGAGUCUCGAUUCGAGCCGACACAAUCGCUUACUUUCUCGUCUGAUAUCUGGACGCUUGCGUGUACUAUCUGGGAUAUUGUAGCCCAGCGGUCGCUGUUCGAGGGCUUUCUCACGGAUGAAGAUGAGAUGACGUGUCAGCAGAUUGCGGCGCUGGGGCCGCUUCCGAGGGAGUGGUGGGGGAGAUGGGAGGGUCGGAGAAAUCAUUUCAAUGAUAGCGGUGAGUUGAACACUCGGGCUACGUCGCAGUAUGGGUCUUUGGAGGUUGCUUUUGAGUUGUUUGUCCGGGAAGCGCGGGUUCGCGAGGGGAUGUCGCCGUUUGGAUCAGGUGAGCGGGAUGCUUUCUUCGAGAUGAUGCGUUCGAUGCUUGCUUUUAGGCCGGAAGAGCGCCUGUCUGCCCAGCAGGUUCUUGAGGCUGAGUGGAAGGUGAAAUGGGCUGUUCCUGAGUAUGAGAAGAUUCGAAGCGAACGGGAAAGCUAGUUGUAGAGUUCCUCCUCCCUGACGGGUGUUUUUGUUUAGGCGUUUGGGCAUUUUUCCAGCGUCGGCUUGGAUGUAAUCCUUAUCAAUUGGACAUUUUGGAGCGAAGGUCAUCAUAAGUGGAACUCUCCAGGCGAGAGAACUUCUCUUCAAUACAUGGAAGCCCGGUGUUGCCAUAGGAUAAACUAGGCAACGUACUGAGAAGCGAGCUAUUGACCAACACCGGAGAAUUGGCAUCAUCCUUCGUACCAGUUUACCAUACUAAUAUUUGUUAGUUUUAGCCGGAUUAUAGCAAAG